AUGAGCACGCCCAUCCCGAAACAGACCAUCCUCCACGCCUACCGCCACCUCUACCGGACCUCCCUUCGCGCGGUGAAACACGCCCGGCCUGCUCGCUACGAGAUCCGCGACAUUCUGCGCGCCUCGUUCCGCACCUCGUCGCCCGCAAAUUUCAACCUGCGUCGCGUACAGAACACGCUGAAAUUUCUGGAGAAUGCAAGAAAAUACAACGGAUUCGAGCACAGGAUCUUGAAGAACCUGUUGCACCUCCAGUUCUGGAAGAUCAAGGGUCUGGAUAAACAGCUGAUCAAGAAUGCGAAUACUGCCGAGGCCGUCGAGUCGAGACGUCAGAUAUGGCAUCAGUACCGGGCGACGUUGACCAUGCUGAAUGAGAGUCUGGACACAUGUCUGACGAUAUGA